CACGUAAGCGUCACCUCCUAUCUCUUUCUGGAUCUACUGCACAUACUGUAACACCGCUCCUCUCGCCGCCGUGCGUAAAAGGAGGCACCUUGGUCCAUUGAUUCGCCUCCCACUGGCGACACCUGGACCAAUCCGUUUCUCCUUAAAGGAACAAAGCUUUUAUUUUUCCGCAGAUGCCUAUGAUGAAGUGUUUCCAUCCUGAGCUGAGUAACCCUAUCAAACAUUUCCAUUCGCUAAAAAUUUGAAUGCGUUUUUAUCAGAAACUAUGUACCGACUCAGCCUUAGGCGGCUGUUUUCCGCUUGCGAUGUGAAUAAGUCCGGAAGAAUCGAGUAUGAGGACUUCACAGCUGUGUGCAGGGAGCUCGGCGUCCCAGAGACAGAGUUUCAAACUCUGUUCAUGAAGUUCGGAGCAGAUGAGGUCGGAUACAUCGACUACUGUCAGUUUUCUUCAAGGUUUCAGGAAGUUUCGGAGACUCUCAACCUCGCGUCAUUUGGCGCUGGAGCAACUCAAACUCCGUGGGAAGAGUUUGUGGACAGGAUAGAUGAGGAGUUUGUCCUCCCUGAAAGCCUCAGGGAGCAGCUGGCUGACCUUUACCAGGUCAUUCACUCCUCUGCAAACACCACUCUUCUCAAGGAGUAUGAGGAAAUCAUCCGAUCUCUUCUCAGUUUAAGCCUGGAAAACAAACUAAAGUGUGAACAGUUGGAGACAUCUUUGAAGCGAGCUGAAGAGAUAAAUACCAGUCAGCUUGCAGAGAUGGAAGAUGAUAUUCAGCAACACCUUUCCCGAGCAGAGGAGCGGGUGAGAGACGAGGAGCAAAAGAAAAUGGAAGGAAUCAUAGCAACCAUGCAGAGGAAGCACAACAAUGAGGUUGCAGACCUGCAUGCCACAGCUGAUCAACUGUUAAAGAACAAGGAAAGCUCUGAACUAAACCAGUCAAAAGAGGAGAUGAUCCGACUGAACAGACGGAUAAGCGAUCUCCUACAGGAAAAUGAGCAGCUGCGAAGUUCUCUGAUUAAAAACCAGACAAACGUGGCUGUACUUCACUCUGAGCUGGACAAGCUAAAAAACAUAUAUGCAGACCAGAAAGCCCAACAUGAAAGAGAAAUGGAAGGGUUAAAGAAGAUGAUGAUGGAAUAUCAGUCAUACUCCAAUCAGAUUCAGAUCCUACAGGAAAUGAACAAGAAGCUGUAUGACAGUAAUGAUGGCCUGCGCUCAGCAUUAGCUGGUCAAGUGGUUUCAGCUAAAAGGAGGCGUUCUCCUCAAGAUGAAAUCCCCGCCAGGAGAAUAAAACCUCUUCGACAGAGCACGCUCAAUCAUGGCAGUGUGGACAGGUCCGAGCUUGAUCCCAGCCUCCUCCAUGUAUCAACCUGGGCUGAAAGGUACCUAGACAGUGGCUUGUCCAUACCAAUGGACACAGCAGAGAGCUCAGCCAGUGACUAUGAUAGUGACGACAGCAGGAGCUCUGUGGAAACUGUCCAUCUCAGCUAUUCUUGUGUCCCAUCGGAUGUGGAGAUAUCAGAGGUCAAAUCUGAGGCUACAGUGUCGUUGGCUCCCAGCAAAACCAGCUCCACCGCUUCAUCCAUGCGAAGACGCAUAUCUGCCUUUCCAACAAAGGAGCCCGAAGACAACAUCAAAGUGCCAGAGGAACCUUUACCGAGUUGCUGUCUUGUUUUAGCAGGAGAUGCAGGAGCUGGAAAGUCCAGCUUUCUGUUGCGGCUGACGCUCAAUGAAUUUAGAGCCAACAUUCAGACCACACUGGGUAUUGAUUUCCAGAUGAAGAGGAUGCAUGUGGAUGGAGAGAUGAUGAACCUGGAAAUCUGGGACACAGCUGGUCAGGAGAGGUUCCGUAGCAUUGGAAGGACCUUUUUCCGUAAAGCUCAAGGAGUUCUGCUGCUUUAUGAUAUUUCUUCAGAGAGGAGCUUUCUAAACAUCAGGGAGUGGGUGGAUCAGAUUCAGGAGUCCGCUGAUGAGAAAAUCCCCUUAUGUGUUGUUGGAAAUAAAGUGGAUCUACGGGAUCAACUUCCUGCAGAAUGCUGUGUUAGCAGCUCAGAAGGAGAAAAGCUUGCCAAAAGGUACGAUGCCUUGUUCUGUGAAACGAGUGCCAAAGCAGGAACGAACAUUGUUGAGGCUGUGCUUCAUCUAGCACGAGAAGUAAAGAAAAAUGGCAAACUGAGACGGCCAUCGGAGUCUCAGGUCAAACUGAAUGAGACUCUCUCAAAGAAGGCUUACAAAGGUUGCUGUGGACAGUAAAAAA